AUGGCGAGGAUCUACAUACACGAUUUAUCAAAAAAUCCUUCAGGGAUUAUACCAUUAGGUGAAGCCAAGAUACGAAUAGGAUACGUAAGAGUAAUCCACCCGACAAACUUGCUAGACAUUAGUAAAAUGAUUGACGAAAUUAUUGAGCUAAUAUCAACAGAGGUUCAAACCGAAUCUUUAGAAAAGUUGAUUCAGGUAAAAGCUAUGAAGUUACAAGAAACGUUUAAGAAAGUAAAACCGUUUAAGAAACAAAAGAGAUGGAAUACCAUAGGGAAAGUUUGGAAAUGGGUAGCAGGCACCCCUGAUGCCGACGAUCUUCAAAUUAUCAACAGUACGCUGAACUCUCUCAUCGAAGAAAAUAAUCACCAAGUAAUGAUCAACGAAGCAUUGAAUAGAAGACUACAAGAAGUAACCGAUAUUGCUAACCAAGUGCUAAAAAACGAAGCGCAACGCUAUGAAAGAAGAUAUGCAACUGAAACAAGACAGCUAAUAAUAUUAUCUAAUUUGGAUAUUUUGCAAGACCAAAUCGAAACUAUCGAAGAAGCUAUUUUAUCAGCCAAACACGGAAUACCGAACAGCAAAAUAUUGUCCACCGAAGAUUUACAAAUGAUUAACGAAUUCUUGAAGAAGAACGGAAUCACAUAUACUACAGCAGAAGAACUUCUCGCUCGAUCAUGUAAAACAAGUGCACCGCAGAACACUUUUACUACACUUCACUAUACACUGCACGAGGAAAGUGUAGCGAACGAGAACAACGCGCAUAGCAGCGGUAGCAACACAAAGCUGUAG